AAACGGCUGACCCUGGCCCCCGGCCUGCAAGGUUCAGUCCGGUCUUCCUGCGGCUCGUGGGCUCUCGCGCUCCAGCCACCUGCGCGUCCCUCCACCCGUCCCGGGGGCCCCCGGAGCCCUUCCGCCAUGCGGCUCCUGCCUCUGGCCCCGGGUGGGCCCCGGCGGGGCAGCCCGCGCCACCUGCCCUCCUGCAGCCCAGCGCUGCUGCUGCUGCUCCUGGGCGGCUGCCUGGGGGUCUCCGCGGUGGCGGCGGGCUCGCGGAGGCCCAACGUGGUGCUGCUCCUCACCGACGACCAGGACGAAGUGCUCGGCGGCAUGACACCACUAAAGAAAACCAAGGCUCUCAUUGGAGAGAUGGGGAUGACUUUCUCCAGCGCUUACGUGCCAAGUGCUCUUUGCUGCCCGAGCCGCGCCAGCAUCCUGACAGGGAAGUACCCGCAUAACCACCACGUCGUUAACAACACCCUCGAGGGGAACUGCAGCAGUAGGUCUUGGCAGAAGAUCCAGGAGCCAAACACUUUCCCAGCAAUUCUCAGAUCAAUGUGUGGUUAUCAGACCUUUUUUGCAGGGAAAUACUUAAAUGAGUAUGGAGCCCCAGAUGCAGGUGGACUCGAACACGUUCCUCCCGGCUGGAGUUACUGGUAUGCCUUGGAAAAGAAUUCUAAAUACUAUAAUUAUACCCUCUCUAUCAACGGGAAGGCACGGAAGCAUGGUGAGAACUAUAGCGUGGACUACCUGACAGAUGUCUUGGCUAAUGUCUCCUUGGACUUUCUGGAGUACAAGUCCAACUCGGAGCCGUUCUUCAUGAUGAUCUCCACUCCAGCGCCUCAUUCGCCUUGGACAGCUGCACCCCAGUACCAGAAGACCUUCCAGAACGUCUUUGCGCCAAGAAACAAGAACUUCAACAUCCAUGGAACGAACAAGCACUGGUUAAUUAGGCAAGCUAAGACCCCAAUGACUAAUUCUUCAAUACAGUUUUUGGAUAAUGCAUUUAGGAAAAGGUGGCAGACUCUACUCUCAGUUGAUGACCUUGUGGAGAAACUGGUCAAGAGGUUGGAGUUCAACGGGGAGCUCAACAACACCUACAUCUUUUAUACCUCGGACAACGGCUACCACACAGGACAGUUUUCUUUGCCAAUAGACAAAAGACAGCUGUAUGAGUUUGAUAUCAAAGUUCCACUGUUGGUUCGAGGGCCUGGGAUCAAACCAAAUCAGACAAGCAAGAUGCUUGUUGCCAACAUUGACUUGGGGCCUACUAUUUUGGACAUCGCCGGCUACAGCCUGAAUAAGACACAGAUGGAUGGGAUGUCUUUACUGCCCAUUUUGAAAGGUGCCAGUAAUCUGACUUGGCGAUCAGAUGUUCUGGUGGAGUAUCAAGGAGAAGGCCGUAACGUCACUGACCCCACGUGUCCUUCCCUGAGUCCUGGAGUCUCUCAAUGUUUCCCAGACUGUGUGUGUGAAGAUGCUUACAACAACACCUAUGCCUGUGUGAGGACCAUGGCGGCACUGUGGAAUUUACAGUAUUGUGAGUUUGAUGACCAGGAGGUGUUUGUAGAGGUCUAUAACCUGACUGCAGACCCAGACCAAAUCACCAACAUCGUGAAAAGCAUAGACCCAGACCUUUUAGGAAAGAUGAACUAUCGGCUGAUGAUGUUACAGUCCUGUUCUGGGCCGACCUGUCGCACUCCAGGGGUGUUUGACCCCGGAUAUAGGUUUGACCCUCGUCUCAUGUUCAACAAUCACGGCAGUGUCAGGACUCGAAGGUUUUCAAAACGUCCUCUGUAGCGACCUCGGCAGUGGACCCCUGCACGCCUCUUUCUGAUGAAGUGAUUGUAGUAGAUGUCUGUAGCUAGUCUUCAAGACCACGCCUGGAGGAGUUUCUGGACUGGCUUUGUUUUAAGUCGUGUUUGAAAAAGCAACCCAACCAGCUGACUUCCUUGUGCAAAGUGUUAAACUGUGAACUCUGCCCAUGUCGGGAGUGACUGUCCCUGGUCCCUUCACUCCACUGAUAAGGAAUGCUCCUGAGGUCUUUGUUCUCGCCAUACACUUUCUGUCCUGGGGCUACACUUCUUGAUUAUUCCCCAUGUGGUCAAAGUCUGAAUUUGUAAAUCCAUUCAGAUAAAUGGCAAUACUUCAGGGGGAAAAAUGUUUUUGAUAUAUAUAGCUUGACCUAAAAUCAAAGGACCUGCGUAGCAUUUCAGAUUGAGCACCUCACUGUCAAAAAUACUGACAUCACAUGGCUAGAAGAAUGACCAUCAGAGCUGAAUCAUCUGAUUAAGAACAAGUACCAUUGUUUUUAGAUUGGUAGAAAUAUAUUGUUUAUAAUAUCCAUCACAAUGUGAUAAGGUCACAGAUUCAAAACAUGUCAACCAAGCUCUGUUAGUUUUUUGGAAUUCUGGGCUGGUGCUGCACUGAAAUAGAACAGUAGGCUUUUGGGAAUGGCUAAUUCCAGGUGACACUGAAUUAGUUAAUGGUGACAGCCACCUACUUGCCGGUGGCUGCUAACCACAUGGAGUGCCAGUUACCACUAGGGGGAUCGAGGGACUGUCUCUCUCUACUUUCCCCUCAGAGAUCUGAACAGUAAAGCGGCUUAGGUAUCUCUGCAGAGAACAGGAACUUCUGGGGUUGGUGAAGGCUGCAUUUCCCAAGGGCCUCCCGUAGAUGGGGCUCUCGGGUUGGCAGAUUGAAGGGCUGUGGUUGGGAUGUGGUAAGUGCCUGUCCGGCAGGGAGCCUGGGUUUCAGAGUGGGAAGUUGUUUGACUCUCUCUUCAUUUUACUGACAUUCUGUUCAUUUGUUACAAGAGGUAAAAAUUUCUUACAGUUGAUGCAAAGUACCAACUCCUUUACCCUACCUUCUUCCCUCCUGGAUAGGGUCUUCCUGAGUUUUUGGAGUCUUGUGUAAUUUGGGCCCCAUUCGCUAUUCCCCUGCCAAAACCAGAUCUUGUUGAGGUUUCCUCACUGUUUAGAACACCGACAUUUUUAUGGUGUUUGGCUCAAAAACCAAUCCCGUUUCCAUUGUUUCCUUCACAGGAAGCUCAUCAGUGGUGGGACGGCAGAGGAGGAGGAGCUGCUGUGGUUGGGAACCUGUUCGGCUCAGGCAGGAGUGAUGGUAGCUCUAUUUAAGGUCUUAGGUUGAGCUCUAAGCACUUUGUAGGACGUGGCCAGAGCACCUUUUCCAUCAGAAUUCCAGAGAGCCGUGACAGGUUAAUAGCCAUUGGGUUUAUUCCUUUACCUCACACAACCCCAGUAACUGUGGUGGUAUUUAGAGGUGAAACAGGCAAGUGAGAUGAACACCUCUGCUAUGAACGUUUUAGGGAAAGAAAUGCUAAAAAUUUCAAACUACAAUGUUGAGUAUAGGUUACAGCUUUAUUCUACACUUUGAUUCUUAACAUUAAUCAGUCAACUUCCACAUUAAUGAAAGUUGACCACAGUUAUUCCAGAAUAAAAAGAAACCUACUGUUACCAGGUCUUGUACUGUGAUGUCAUAUUAUUCAGUUUUAUGAUGCCGGUUCCUGAAAGCAGGUGAAGUCAUGAGACUGACACGUGAGCUACCGAUAGUGUCCCUGCCACACUCUUACAGUCAGCAGACUUGUUUGGGUGGGGGGGUGCCAUGUGGCCUCUCGGUGUCCUCUACUCUUAGUUGGUACAUUUCCUACCAAACGUUUAAAUGGCCUCUAAAAAUUUCACUUUUUCUCUUGGACUAGCUUCGUUCUGUAUCUGUGCUAAUAAAAUCAUCUUUCAUAAAGAGGCCUCAGUUUACAGCCUAGCAGACUAUAGAACGCACUGAACUUUUCAGAAUGUACAAAGGAUCCACUGCAAGAGGCUUGCCUUGUUUCUCUCUAACUGUACUGAUCUGAAUUUUGAUUAUUUUCCCUUCUAAGAAGGUCAGGUCCGUAUCUGUUGGUGCCCUUCAGAGUACAAAACUAGAUAACCAUUACGAAUGAACACAGGCUAUAGGAAUGAAUAGAGAUUUUUGCCUUACGAGAUUUCCUAUUACAAAGCUCUUCCUCAAAUACAGUGACAAAGCAGGGAACAUCUGUUAAGCAUCUUUGAAUUUGACCAAUGGUGCUGUGCAAAAUACAUUUUAAUUGACAACACUAGGGUUUUUGUACAAAAUAGUAAUGAUAGCCAUGGAAGUUAUACCUUAAUCUGUGAGAAAUGUUCUUAAAUUUAUUUUUAAGUGUCUAAGAAUUAGUGCUUUUUUAAUAAAGAAAGAUGAAUUGUUCCAGGAUCCUUAUUAAGAGAAAGCAAAAGGUAUUUCAGUCGAUUCACCAAUGGAAUUAGAUGGAAAGGUUUGGGCUCUUGGGUUUCACCACCACUUAGGUCCCACUGAACUUUGUGAAUUCCUGUGUUUGCAUCAUCUGUUCCUAGAAGUUAUUCUGCCCUGGCUGUGUGUCAUCUCUGUCAUUUGACUUAGAAAGUGCCCUUCAAAGGACCCUGUUCACUGCUGCACUUUUCAACGAAUUAAAAUUUAUUUCUGUUCUAGUGGGAA